UUUGUCGAAUUUACCACCUCCAAAAAAAAACAUUUACUUUACCACCUCAUAAAAAAAUUAAACAUCAGUUUUACCACCUCAUCUGAGCUCAGGUGACCGAAAACGCUUGUGGGGCCCAGUUAACUGUCACUUCCCUCCAAUUUAAUUCUUUUAAAAUCGAUUUCCCUCUGUCUCCUCCUUUUCUCACCUUCCACCUUCCAUAAUCAAUGCCUCACCAAAUUUUCACUUCCUCAUCAAUUUUCGUCUCUCUUUCCUUUGAUUUUUCUUGAUUCUCAUUGUAACUGCUUCUCUCUCCUUUGAAUUUUCUCUUUCUCUCUGUAAAAACUGAAACCCUAGAUCAAUUUGGGUGGUUGAAAUCGAGCAGGAACCACAAAAUUGCAACACAUCAGCUUCUCUUGUCAUCUUCCACAGGGUGAGGGGACCAAAAGCUUGGUAAUUUGCUGACAGAAAUCGAGAUUCCUGACUACAAGAGAAUGGACACAGUGGACUUAAAAAUUACAGUAGGGGGUGCCUUUAUACCUUCUUUAGCUGGUAAAAAUAGGAGGGUGUUAACUUGGGAUGGUGGGUGGGUUUAUUGGAUGAGAAAGGUGGAAAAAAAUAAGAUAGAUGUACACUUUUUGAGGCAAGCAGCUAUACAUGGGUUUGUGUAUGUGAAUGUGAAGGUUCCUAGGGGGUAUAGUUGCUGGUAUAAACAAAAGGGCAAGUCUUGGGUGAAUGGUAAAAGGGAGCUUGUUGAUGGUGAGGUGAAUGGUUUCCUAGAGUCGGUGAACAAAGAGGGGGCAUGUGAGAUGUAUGUUACCAGUCAUGAGCCAAUUGAAGGGACUAACAAAACACCCUUCAAAUGUAUAUCUGGGAAUGAGCUAACCCCUGCACAAAGGAAGGAACUGAAAAAGAGGUUUGGUGGGCCUAAAGUAUACAAACCCAGCCCAGAACUUAGUAAGCCCACUGAAGAAGAGCCAUUUAGGAGAAGCCCUAGGUUAAAAGGCAUUGUUAUACAUGACAGAGAGGCUGAGGAGAGGCUUCCUAGGGCAGAGAAAGUGAAUGCUAAUACACAUAAAGGGAAGGGUAAACUCACUGCUGCAGAUAAGGGUAAGGCUAAGGUUGGGGAUGAGACUGGAAAUUUUGCUAAUUUAGUGAGAAAAAUAAAAGAAAGAGUGAGGAGCUUAAGGGAUGACAGUGAUGUGUUUAGUGAUGAGGAUGGUGAUACAGAGUCUUCUGAUUCUGAGUUGAGUGAUUUUGAGUUAGAAGUUGAUGAGGGAGAGGAGGACUUAUACUCUGAUGAUGAUGAACAGUGGUUGAAGAAAAAUGUAGACCAUAUUAACAGUGAGGUGAAAGGCAGUUUGAGGGGAGUUACUGAAGGAGGGGAUCAAAGUGAUGAUGAGGACACAGGGUUUGACAUAGAAAGAAAUCUACAGAAAAUUGAAGUGAGGGUUGAAGAGGAGGCAACUUGUGAUUCUGAUGAGCUAAAGAGUGUGGAAGGUGAUUCAGAUGAUGAUCAGGGUAGUGUUACUUGGUUUAACCCUGAGACAGACUUUGAAAGGGCUAUCAAAUUUGUAGUUGGUCAAAGGUUCAGUGAUGUGCAAACAAUGAGAAAAGCUUUGAGACAACAUGCAAUUGAAAAUAGGUAUGAGUAUUACCUUCUUCACAAUGAUUCAAAGAGGCUAACAGCAUAUUGCAAAAGGAAAUGCAAGUGUGUGUAUAACAAGAACAGUUGUAGGAUAGUGAAGUGUACAUGUAGUAAGGGUGUUAGGUGUAGGUUCAAGUUUUAUGCAACAAGGCUUGUGAAAUCAGAGGCUUGGCAAAUUAAGACACUAAGGCUGAAGCAUAGGUGUGUUAGGAGUAAAAUGAACAACAAGGUGACAGCAGAGUUCCUUGCUGACAGGUACUUGGAGGAGUUCAGGGGCAACCCCAGAUGGAAGAUUAAACAGAUUCAGGACAGGGCCUUGAAUGACUUGGGGAUCAAAAUUACAUACUCCAAGGCUUGGUUGGCUAGAAGCAGGGCAAAGCUUAUAAUAUAUGGCUCUUCAUCAGAGCAAUACUCAAAGGUUUGGGACUAUGGGAAGGCACUGCUGAAAUGGAACCCAGGGAGUGAGUGUAAUGUGGUGGUGGAUGAUAUUAAUCAAAUUGAAAGACCAAUUUUUAUGAGGAUGUUUGUGUGCUUAGUUGCACUUAGGGAUGGAUUCAUUUCUGGUUGCAGACCAGUAAUUGGGGUGGAUGGGUGCCAUCUAAAAGGGGCAUACCCUGGGCAGAUCUUGGUUGCAGUUGGAAAAGAUGGCAAUAAUUCCAUCUUCCCAAUUGCUUGGGCAACUGCAGAGAUUGAGAACAAGGACAGCUGGUGCUGGUUUCUGGAGAGCUUGCUCAAGGCACUUUGUGUGUAUGACCAAGGAGAUGGCUUGACUUUUAUGUCUGACAGACAGAAAGGUCUCAUAGAAGCAUUUGCAGAUGUGGCCCCCAAAGCUGAGCUCAAAUUUUGUGUGAGGCAUAUUUGGUCAAAUUUCAAACUGAAAUUUCAUGGUGCAACUUUCAAGGAAUUGUUCUGGGCUGCUGCUAGGGCAAGCACUCUGUUUGAGUUUGAAGUUGCUAUGGAAAGUAUCAAUUUUUUGGAUGAAGAAGCAUACCAGUGGUUGUCAAACAUUGACCCCGAGCACUGGUCAAGGCAUGCUUUCUCUACAAACUGCAAGUCUAACAUGUUGUUAAACAACAUGUGUGAGACAUUUAAUGCAGUGAUUAGAGAUGCCAAAGACAAGCCUAUUCUAACUCAAAUGGAAUGGCUUAGAAGAUAUAUGAUGAAGAGGAGUAAUGACAAAUAG